AUGGACCGCUUCCCCGACGGGACGCACGUGUGGCUGCGGAACCGCGUGCGGCGCACGUACCUCUACGCCGACGAGGACGGGUCCGGCGUCUCCCUGAGCGCGCGCCGCGCGACGGUGAACGCGGCGUGGCAGGUGCACCUGAUCGUGCGCCACGGCAUCGCCUUCGUCCUCCUCCGCUCCGCCGCCUACGGCCGCUACCUCGGGCCCUCGCCGCCCGUGGCGCAGCCGGACGGCCACCGCGGCCGCGCCGCCGUGAGCGCCAUCCAGCGCGACUACAGCGAGCCGAUGCAGGUCAACAUAAGGUGGAGGGCCCAGGCCGUCACGGCGGGGGAUGGCGGCGGCGACUACGUCCUCCUGUACCACUGGCGGGACGCAGAGCUCUACCUCCGCGCCAACGGCAGGUACCGCCGCUGGAGCACCGGCGUCACCGUCGCCCCCGUCGAUGGCAACGACGGCAACGAGAGCACGAUGAUGCAUUGGACGGUCGAGCACAUCCCCCCGAGGCCUGCGCCGCCUACCCUUCCUGCUCCGACUACGGACCUGGGAGGCCGCACUGGUCAGUUCCAGCGGCGCACUGGGCCCAUGAUGGAUCAGGAGCGGCAGAUCCGGUACUUUCUGGCGGGCAAUGAUGGGAAAUUCCUCCGCAUGGGGGCAUUCAGGUUCCUAGGGCGGUCCGUGUUAAACCUGACGAACCAGAUGGCGAUCAAAGUGGACGAGGACAUGUCCGCAAUCACGCUGUGUGUGUACGCCGGCGUCUUUGGGAGGCUGACCCCUCUGGUCGUCGACCUGCCUCGCAGCCAAGAGCCUUUGAACAUCAUCGUCCUCCCCAUCAGUUCACCAGCUGCUAUGAGGUUGCGACACCCAAACGUGGAUGCACCUGAACCUGAACCCGCAUCCGCACCUGAAGCCCCACCCGCUUCUGCUUCCACUUCCGCACCCCCACCCGCACCCUAG